AACAAGUCGCCUGCGUAGCUAGUCGGGGUUUGGCGGAGCAGGCGCGCAGGACUGGAGCCGGAGCUCUCGCGGCCAGGACGCGCAGUUCCCCGCUCUCCCCGUGCCCCCUCCUUCAUGAAGCCGGACCUUGCCAGUCCAGCGCGCACUGGGAGGUGGUGGUGGUGGUGGUGGGGGGGCUUUCCCCCUGCCACGCGGGACGCGGGGGACGUGAUUUGUGAAAUGUGCGGUGUGUGACGGCGCGGAGUGUAACGCGAUCUCGCCCCGCCGCGCGCGCGAGCGAGCGAGAGAGAGAGAGAGCGCGGCUGGGUGGCACGGAUCACGAGCCGGAGCCUCGCGCCGUGCCAGGGCAAAAGCCUGUCCCCGUGCGCGUGGGGACGGAGCUCGAGGUCCGUGGCCGUGGGGGAGAAGGGAUCUCCUGACAGCUGCCCGGGAGUCUGGGCUCGUCCGACCUGUAUAUCCGAGCCGCCGGCUACAACCCGAGAGCCCGCCAGCUGUCACAGGCGCUCCAAGAUCUCAGACACGUCCUCGGCCGGACUGUAAGACUCCUCGGUGUGUCAGGACCUCGAAUCCCCCAGGAGCAGGGAGACGCCCCGCCCUCUUGCCCGGACCUUCUCCUUAGAGAGGAAUCAGCGCUUCCGUCCGGCGGGGAGAGGAGCUGGCCUGGGGGGGGGUCCGGGCGGAUCACGGAUCACCAAACCCACCCGCGAUCUCCCGGGAGCCAUGGGCAGCCGGGAGAUUAGAGGGCAGUAAACCGAGCCGCUAGACGACAGGCGGAGAGAGAGAGAGAGAGAGAGAGACAUCCGAUCGAGAGGGACGGCGGCGGGUCGCUUCGUCGGCGAAUCAAGAUGAGUUCGGCGGCCGCGGCCCCGGUCUGCUACUUCAACAUGUCGGUGGAGUUCUUCUACAACAUGAGCGGGAAGAACAUCAGCGCGGUGUGGCACACCAAGGACAAGGUGGUGGUGGGGCUGGGCCUGACCGUGUGCGUGAUCGUCAUCCUGGCCAACAUCCUGGUCAUGACCGCCAUCAUCCGCAACCGCCGCUUCCACUUCCCCAUCUACUACCUCCUGGGCAACCUGGCGGCCGCCGACCUCUUCGCCGGCAUCGCCUACCUCUACCUCAUGUUCCACACGGGGCCCUGGACCAUCAAGCUGUCCUCCUACGAGUGGUUCGUCCGGCAGGGGCUGCUGGACACCAGCCUGACCGCCUCCGUGGUCAACCUGCUGGCCGUGGCGGUGGAGCGGCACCAGACCAUCUUCACCAUGCAGCUGCACAGCAAGAUGACCAACCGGCGGGUGGUCUGCCUCAUCCUGGGCAUCUGGCUGGUGGCCAUCAUCAUGGGGCUGAUCCCCACCAUGGGCUGGCACUGCCUGUGCAGCCUAGAGACCUGCUCCACCAUGGCGCCGCUCUACAGCCGCAGCUACCUGGUGUUCUGGGGCGUGCUCAACCUCCUCACCUUCACCAUCAUGGUGGUGGUCUACACGCGCAUCUUCGUCUACGUCCGGAGGAAGGCCUGCCGCAUGUCGCAGCACACCUCCCAGGUGCGCCAGAAGGAGACCGUCAUGAGCCUCAUGAAGACCGUCUCCAUGAUCCUGGGAGCCUUUGUGAUCUGCUGGACCCCGGGCCUGGUGGUCCUGCUGCUGGACGGUCUGCACUGCGAGUCCUGCGAGGUUCUGAAGUACGAGAAGUACUGCCUGGUUCUGGCUGAGUGCAACUCCCUGGUGAACCCCAUCAUCUACUCGUUCCGGGACCAGGACAUGAGGAGGACCUUCAGGCAGAUCCUGUGCUGCCUCUGCCCGUCACGCGCCGGGAACAAGGGUCCCUCGGCUGGCACGGUGAAGACCCACUUCAACGAUGAUGAGGGGGCAAGAGGGGCCCAGCUGCUCAUCCUCGACGACGGUGACAGCAAACCCCACAACUUAGACGGGGCGCCGCCCGGCCACCACAGCAGCUCCGAGAUCUGAAGCCAGGGGGGCGACGGACGCCCCGGUCCGGCACGGCCCGGCCUCCGCCAGGACCACAGGUGAAGGAGGAACCGCGGAGCUGGCAGCUGCCUCCAGCGCAUGAACCCCUCGCCCUGCCAGGGUCUGCACCCCAGACGCACUGCGCACCAGAGCCGCACCCCUGAACCCCUCACCAUAGCAGGGUGCGAGCCACAGGACGCACCAGAGCCCAGGGCGGUGCCCUGUCCGAAACUACUGGCCCCGGACAGCGCCAGUGUAAGGGCCUUGCACACGUGUACGAAUAUUCCUGAUGGGCUGAACUCCCUUUUCGAAGCAUCUGGCGCACUCCCAGUCCCAGUCCUGUUCCGGGCUCAUGGUCCAAGGUGAGCACAGCCCCACUUCUCAGAGCAAGAUGCGAGUGACUGGACCCCUGUGCCCCCUGUACAGACCCUGAUGGAAAUGGUUUCUAGGACAGCAGGCAACUAUCCUGUUAUUACUGAAGCUGCGCCCUCCAGCGCUUGUCCAGCAUCUGUUUUCUUAAACACAUUCUACUCUUUCCAUCUGUGUGCAUGUGACGCGCACUGGCUGUGUACACAGUAGCAGUACCUUUUAGGAUGGUUAAAAAUGCACUAGAUCCUUUUGGCUUGGCUGAUGUUAGUCAUUAUGCUAAAAAAUAACAAUCCUGUGUUUAGAUGACAUCACUGCAAUAACCACAGCUGCAGGAGACUAUGUCAUUAUUGCUGAAUGGUGACUCGAAUAUUGUCUUAUGACUCAGCAGGAGCUGAUGCCUACCAUAUCUUAUUUAUCCUUGCAUUGAAACAGCACCCAGUUCUCUUUCUCUAAAGGUUUUGAUCGACUCGUUAUAAAAGGUUUUGUACAGGCAGGUGGAAGGAGGCCUCAGGCCAAUGUAGCUCGUUCAGCCUGUAACGCAGCAAUCGGAUCUCAUCCAGUCCCUGCUCGGAGGAGUCCCGGGGUAUCCUUCAGCCAAGCAAGCUAGGCAACUUGUUCCACACUCCCACAACCCUUUGUGUAAAGUUGCACUUCCUGUUCUCUGUUGUAAAUGCACUGAGCUUCCCCCUGAAGGCUUUGCUUUGUGUCUCAGUAUUGCUCUGGGAGAGGUCAGCUGGGCUGACUGUGUGUUUCAGGGUGGGGUAGUUCUGUGCUAUUUCUGUUGGUUGGUGGACCUGUAUUGCACACUGCAUGCAGCACUCCUAUCACUACAUAGGUGAAAACGAAUGACAAACGUGCACUGAUAACGCCUGAUAUAAUCAUGCAUACUCUGAUAAAAUAUACAUAAUCAUUUGUGUACAAGGUUUAUAAGGGAGCAAGUACAUACAACUUGUUAGCUUGUUGCAGUGUCAGAGAAAGAUCUUGAUGGUUGACCUCUGAUAUAAGCUGUUGUAUUGCAAUAAAGCUGCACCUUAAAACUGUA